AUGGCUUUAUUUACACAGCUUUGGAGUUUAGAUAUUCUAAUAUGUGUGUUUAGUUUAUCUAUAUGCGCUUACUUUUACGCUGUGAGAAAUUUCAGUUACUGGAAAAAACGAGGAUUCAAAGAAAUUCCACCGACGGCAGUUUUCGGCAAUUUUAUGGAAUGUUUUCUGGCGAAAAAACCUCUCGUCCAUGUCCUCAACGACAUUUACGAGUACGCAAAAGAUGAACCUUCCGUGGGUUUUUACGUAUUGGACAAGCCUUACUUGAUGGUUCGAGAUCCAGAAUUGAUCAAACAUGUUUUGAUCAAGGAUUUUGCAAAUUUCACGGAUAGAGUAGCUGAUUCGUAUAAAACGGAUUACAUUGGAAGGUUCAAUCUUUUUGUUUUACGCAAUCCGGAUUGGAAAUAUGUAAGACAAAAAAUAUCACCCGUUUUCACCUCUGGAAGAUUGAAAAAAAUGUUCGAUCUAAUGUUAGAAAUCGACAAAGAUCUAGAUCAGUAUUUGAAAACGACUGUCGAAGAAGGUAAAUCCGUUGAAAUGGACGUAAAAGAGAUAUGCGCCAAAUUCACCACGGAUGUCAUCGGAAUAACCGCGUACGGCAUGCGGUUCGACGCUUUGUCCGACGAAAAUUCAUACAUUCGCAAAGUCGGAAGGACCAUAUUUACGAAAUCGUACAGACGUUACGUGGAGUAUUUGUCGGUGCUAUUGGUACCGUCGAUCGUAAAUAUUUUUGCUUUUCGUUUUCUCGGUAAGGCCUCGUCGCGAUUCCUCAGCGAUCUUUUUCACGGAGCGAUGAAAGAGAGGCUGGACUCCGGGGUCAAACGAGCCGAUUUGCUGGAUUUUUUGAUCGACUUGAAGAAGGAGCAAGAAAACGAACUGGUGAAAAGUGAACGAAAAAUUAACGAUGGUCAAUUGAUCGCUCAAGCUGCAAUUUUCUUUAUCGGUGGAUUCGAGACGUCUUCGACGACUAUGUCGUUUGCGUUGUAUGAAUUGGCCAAAAAUCCAGAUGUUCAACGAAAAUUACGAGAAGAAUUGUCGGGAGUACUGGAAAAGAACGAUGGAAAAGUUACUUACGACAUGCUAGUGAACUCACUACCGUACUUGGAUAUGGUAAUUUCGGAAACGUUGCGAAUGUACCCGAUUUUGCCUUAUUUGGACAGAAUGACGGAAAAAGAUUAUCAAUGUCCCUUGACAAAACUCGUUGUACCAGCUGGUGUACCUGUGGUUGUACCAAUGCGAUCUCUUCAUAUGGAUCCUAAUUAUUUUCCACAUCCACAGCGAUUCGAUCCUAGUCGAUUUUCCGGAGAAAAUAAAAUUAAUAUUAAACCUAACACGUAUUUCCCUUUCGGAGAUGGGCCAAGAAUAUGUGUUGGAAUGAGACUAGGAUUGAUUCAAACGAAGCUAGGUUUGAUUCGGUUGAUAUCGAAUUACGAAUUUUCACCGUGUCGAGAAGCUCUCAACGUCAUGGAAUUUGAUAAUAAGAGUCCCCUUUUGUCGUCGACCGCUGAUUUAGUAUUAAACGUUAGACGUAUUUCAACAAGAUGA